AUGAACGGGUCUGAAGUGAAGCUUUGUCCGGUCCGUCCUCACGAGGAGAAGAAGAUGACUUUGAAAGGUUUGUUUGAUGAAUGGAGUGAGAGGGGGGAGGAGGAGGAAGAGAAGAGGAGGUAUAAAAGCAGCAGAGAAAGGUUGAACCUGCUGCAGUUGAAGAUGUUUCUCAUCCGGACGUCUGCUCUCCUAACCAGCCUCCUUCUCGUCGCUGCCGGGCUCGUUACCACGGUGACGGUGGAGCGCAGCAUCACCUGUCGCCAGGAGAUCCCCGCCCAGCUGAUCCGAGAGCUGUGGAAAAGGACCAAUCAGCUGAUUGAUAGGCUGCCGAAAGAAAAACACUUCUCCAGACGACUCCUGCCAAAGUUCUGCCCCAAAUGUCCCGAGCGUACGAUUGGCUGGCUGGAGAUGCAGGAAAUGAUUAACGUCUACCAGAGGAGCGUGUUCAGCAGAGAGGUUGUCCAGAAGCUCCUCCCCCUCCACUACAACGAGCUGCUGCACCGCCUGCAACACACACUGCAGCACUGCGUGUCUGCGUCUAAAACUUCAAAAUGGUCGAAAACAAUCAAGAAAGUGGAACGAAAAAUAAAAAAGAAGAAGAGAGACGAGGGAGCGCUGCUGGCCGUCAGAGAGUUCACCUUCAUCCUCCGCUGGAUCGACGAGCUGGCACAGCAUCACGUGAAUAGAUCAUUGCUCAGAUCUUCAUAAUCAUCUUCAUCUUCAUCUUCAUCAGACUCUUUUUGGCUCAUUAUUUUUAUUUUAGUUUUCAUAUUUUUUUUUACAUCCUUUUAUUUUCUAGAUUUUUCUCAUUUCAGAUUUUUGAGCUGAACAAACACAAAGUCAUUUCAACCCCUUCAGAGGAGACCCCCCACCCCCUUCAGAGGAGACCCCCCCCCCCCCGAUCUCUGAUUUAAGCUUGAACGUGUUGAAACCAGUUAUUUUAUUCUUAUAUUAUAUUAUAUUUUAUAUGAUGAUCCAGAGUGUUUACGUAUUUUAAUAUUUAAAUUUUUACAACAAAAUGAAAUAAAUUAUUUUUAUAUGAAUCAUUGAAGAUAUUUAUGUGAAUGUGUUUCUCUUCUUUUAAAGAAUAAACGUGUUUAUUAUA